UUUGAAAUCAAUUGGUUAGUUAAGUGGACUGACUCCCUUUGGUCUAUAAUAGAGAUUAUUUGUUCAAUAAAAUAAAACAUUCUAGUAAAUUUAUCACACAAUACAUUCCUAUUAUUGUCGAGUAAUAAUAUACCCAUUUAUAAGCAUUAUCCAUUGGCGGGUAAAUAAAUAAUUUUGUGCUUUAUUCUACGAUGAACACAUUAACAAAACAGUACGUUAUCGGAAUAGCGGGGUAAUUACUCUAACACUCAAUGGAUUUUUUUUUAUCAAUGAAUUAACAGUUGUAUUUCCCAUAACCAUUAUUUCGAGGGAAAACUUUAUGGAUGGUACUUGAAAAAAUGACAAUAAAUUAGGACUCCUUACUGAAAUGGACUAUGACCAUUUUUGAUAAAAGGCAUCGAAUUCUGGAAAAACAACGAUGACUGGAAAACUUACUGAAUAUCUACAAUCUAUUGGCUACAAUGUUACAUGUUUACAAAUGGAUGAUUAUUACUGGCCUCAUAACGAUAAACGUCAUAUACGAGACCCUAUUACAAAUGAACCAAAUUUCGACUGUGAAUCAGCAAUUAACUGGGAAGGCAUAAUUACUUUUAUUAAAUUAUGGUGUGAAGCAAAGGUGUUAGAAGAAAAAAUCAGAAUACUUUUAAUUGAAGGAAUACUGAUAAUGAAUAAAAUAGAACUUCGGAAUAUGAUGGAUUUGCGAAUAUUUCUGAAGGUAACUUAUGAAAAUAUGUUGCAGAGACGAAAGCUAAGAAAAUAUAAUACACCUGACCCACCAAAUUAUUUUGCUAAAUAUGUUUGGCCAACAUAUCUAAGAACGCUAGACAUUUUGGAGUAUUCAAAAGACUCUAUAUAUUAUUUUGAUAGCAAUAAUGGGGUUGAGACCCUAUUUAAAGAGAUUUGUCAAUGUAUCAAUGAAAAAAUAGAUCUAGCGAACGAAAAAGACAAACAUUUCGAUGAAUUCCCAGAAUAAAUUUUUACACAAGUUUAUGAUAAAUAAUAGUUUAACUACAGU